UGACAACCGAAAAACUGAAAAAAAAAAUAACUUUAACUGUCCGUAAAGUAGAAGAAGGAGAACAGGAAAUGUUGCGUCGCCUAAAUCCUCCAAACCUAGAAGCAAAACCGCGAACAAAGACGAGAAAAAAAGACGGUAGUCUCUAACGACAUUUCGGUUGUAUGCUAAGUGGCUAAGUGGCUGGCUAAUUUAGCUCCUGGUUUAAAAGGAGCCCGGAGUGGACGCGUCGCUCCCCAGAACACACCAUGACUCUUCAGCUGCUACCUGGCCACCGCCACCUGCAACCCUCCACCCACAAAGUCCAGUUAAUUUACAAGCUGUUCUUGCUGGAAAAUGCCCGAAAUACGCUGGAACAAGAACUGCGCAACUUCACCGACAAGGUCUAUGAAGAGGUGCAAGGUUUCUUGAAUUCAGGGUUUCCUGGCGAUGUGUUCGGUGAUCUUGCAAUGGUUUUGGAUGUGAAAUGUCAAGCACUUACAAAGCUUUCAGCUUUAUUAAAAGACCUGGCAGCUGAUCCUUGCGAUUGUGUCCCACCCGCUGACAAAAACGGGGUGAGAACAAACCAACUAAAGCCUCUCGGAGUCAACGGAGUAAAGGAGAUCCUGACUGAUUUUAUAAAGUUUGGGCCCAUGUUGAAGAACUCGCUCAUGGUGAGCUCGAUCGCUAAAGCGGUACAGGUGCUUGGAGCCACACGGCCCCCUCAGCAGCCAGAUGUUUUCCUCGCCUCCCAGCCUCCGGCGGUGCGGCAGGAUGACGUGAUGAGCAACGUCUCCUCCAGCUUCAACGAUGCCACUUUGACUACGAGCUCGCCCUGUUGCGUAAAGCCUGAAGACGACGACCGUGUUCCUGAGCAGAAAAGCCGACCAGAUGCUGCGAUCGCUUCACCUGUCGUUACUCAGAGCUGCGGCAUCAUUGCAGAGAAGCCAAAAGUACUGCUACCUCCCAUACAAGCUAUUAUCCCAGAGGUCAGCAACCACAAACCCAUGAACACAACACCAAUGAGCUGGGAACUGGAGGACGCUCUCCAGGUGCAACACCAAAAGCAAACAUCCUCUCAGCUGUUGCACUUCCUCAGAGUAAAAGCUAAAAACAGUGGUGCACCGGAGGUCAGUGUUGUGGAGUGGAAUAAGGAUUUGCCAAAGCCAGUUCAGCCUAUAAUCAAAACCCAAAGCAAUCAGUUCAGGCAUGCUGUGACUGAUGACGCACUACCCCCAAAAACAAUGGAUAUUGACACUGAAAGUCAAGCUCCAGUCUUCAGGGUGAAAAGAGUCCAGCCGGGUGGCUCUCUGGUGUACAGUUGCGUGAUCGCAACAGAAACUGAGCUGUGGGACAUCGGAGAUGUCCUCACAGAGGUCGUACAGGGAGAAUCUGUACCUAGCCCCUUGGAAGAUGGAGGCCGUCAAAAUGUAAUGACCGAAGGGGAGAACUCGCAAGUAAACAUCGACUGGAAAACCCAAACUUUCCAGUGCGUCCAAGCCAAACAUGAGAACAAUUCUGUUGAUGGAGAAACGUUCGCUGGUGUAUACAUUCCCGAGUUCCAGAUCCAGAAGUUUGAAGAGACUGAAGUUGUGGUGUCUCAUAUCGUCAGCCCUGGCAGCUUCUACAUCCAGCACGCAGACUGCCCUCAGAAGCUGCGGGCCCUUGUCACAGACAGCUGCAAAGCCAGAAAUUCAUACGCCGAGCAGAACUGCAUCCCAGACAUUGGAUCGCAAGUAAUGGGUUGGUUCCCUAAGCAAGAACAGUGGUGCAGGGCUCAGGUGAUAAAAAUAUGUGGAGUGAGCAGAGACGGCGCCGGGAGUGAGACGUCCAUCCAGGUGGAAGUGAAAAAGCUGGACUACGGCGACACUGCUUGUCUGUCACUGUCGAACGUGAAGGAGCUGGACCCAGAAAUGGCGACUCUACCACUUCAGGCUGCACAUGUCUCACUGGCCAAUGUGACGCCUGUGAAUGGGACAGACUGGUCUGAGGAGGCAGUGGGCUGGUUCAAAGCAAUGGUUCACAACAGGAAGCUCUAUGCCAGACUUUACCCACAAGGGCCCAAAGUUACAGUUGAACUAUUCUUGGAAAGGGGAAAGCUGGGAGCUAUGAGGAGGGGUGCAUCACUGUCUGUGAGACUGGCUCAAAACGGUCAUGCGAAUCAUAACCAACUGCAGAUUGCUGGUCACGGGAAAAGGAGCAUGGCUCAGCUUAAAGUGCAGCAGCAGCAUUCUGACUGGGAGAAAUACCUCAUAUCGUGUUAUUCUCGAACUUUGGACCCGGUGCUGCUUACGCCGCUUGCACCGCCGGCUGAGCCUGACCUGGAGUCAAAAAUGAACUGGGGGUCCUUUUAUGCCGUGAUUAGCGGCGUAAACAGGCACUCUACUGGCAUCGGACGCGUUUGGCUCUCCGUCAUCUUCAUCUUCCGUAUCCUCGUCCUGGUGGUCGCCGCCGAGAGCGUUUGGGGAGAUGAGAAGUCCGGCUUCACCUGCAACACCCAGCAGCCCGGCUGCAACAGCGUCUGCUACGACCAGUUCUUCCCCAUCUCGCACAUCCGCCUGUGGGCACUUCAGCUCAUCCUGGUCUCCACCCCCGCGCUCCUCGUCGCCAUGCACGUAGCCCACCGGCGGCACAUCGACAAGAAGAUCCUGAAGAGGACGGGCCGCGGCAGCCCCAAGGACCUGGAGCUCAUCAAGAACCAGAAGUUUCAGAUCACAGGAGCUCUGUGGUGGACGUACAUGAUCAGCAUCGUCUUCAGGGUCAUCUUGGAGGUGGCGUUCCUCUACAUCUUUUAUUUGAUCUAUCCCGACUUUAAGAUGGUGCGUUUGGUGAAAUGCGACUCGUACCCGUGCCCCAACACGGUGGACUGUUUCGUGUCCAGGCCGACGGAAAAGACCAUAUUCACUGUGUUCAUGCUGGCAGUGUCUGGGCUGUGUGUGCUGCUCAACCUGGCCGAGGUGGUGUACCUCAUAGGCAAGGCCUGCAAACGGUGCUUUCGCGGCUCUGAGGACGAGUCGAAGGUACCUUGGAUGAGUCAAAGACUGUCCUCCUACAGGCAGAAUGAAAUCAAUCAGCUGAUAGCAGAUCAUCCUCUCAAGGCUAAGUUUGCUGUGACCAAAAAGAGCCCGACGGAGAGGGGUGAGAGGUGUUCUGCUUUCUGAGACUCUGAACUAAUCAGCAAUAAUCGCACCCACGGAGCACGUUCUGCCUUAAUGACACUAUUUAUUUAUUUAUUUAUAUAUAGCGACACUACUACUAUUGUAUAUGUUGAGCCUGGGGGGAAGGUUUCAAAAGAUGGCGCCAGUGGUUUCACACAUUUUAGCUUCUUUUUUUUUGAAAAUUUUUUGUAAAUCUGACUUCGCUGAUUGUACUGUACGACUAAGCUUAACUUCAUUUGUCAACAUUUUCUCGUUUUUAGCCCUGCAUUUGAAAUCACUUGUAUUCAUUUCUGUGGAAUGUGAAAAGCGCGUUUCAAGGUAGUUUUCUUAGUAUAAAGCAAACAUUGGCUUAAGCACCAUGCUUUUAUUUAUCUCAGUCAAAGUUGCGUUAUAAUUGAGUAUUUAUUGAAAUCUUGCAGGUGUUAUCUGGCCCCACUUAAUUUACCAUGACAUUAGCGAGCCACAAUACGGGCAAUUCAAAUCUGGAACAUAGUUAUCAAUUUGCAUUAUAAAUGUCUUUAGUGCACGGCACACACUUUUUUCGUUGUUGUUUUUGCUGUUUUAAGAUUCAGCUUAAAGAACAAAAUAAACUAUUUGUCAGAAUGUUGUGUUAAUUCUUAAUAAACGGAUGUUUGUACUGAAAUUAAAGGAACUGUACGGAAGAGGAUUAGGUUCAUACCAACAAAGAAAUUGAUGUUUAGGACUUUUUUUGAAUAUGUCAGAAUUCUGAAAAAAAGUAAAAACCUAUUUUAUUAGUUAUUAGUUAUUCUGUAAUUUUUAAUGUUUCUUUCGUAGAAAUGGGCAGCUGUCUGGAAAGGAGAUAAAUGGUAUUAUUAAUUAAAUUAGAGGAACGCAAAAGAAAACCCAGUAAGAGUGAGUGAUGAAUGAAUCAAGUUCUAAUUUCUUUCUCCCUAAAUGCUGGGUUACCUACUUUGUUUUUAUUUUUUGAGCAGGGCUCCAUCAUAGUCAUAAAGUUGCACCGCUUUCCCUUAAUAUUUCCCUGCAUAGUCUAUCAUUCAGUGCCUCUCUUGUCCUGGAAAUAUAAUGUGUCGCGUACUGGCUUCUACGUAUGCUUUGCUAUGAAAUCAUAACCUUUUUUUUUUUUUUUCUCGUUCGUUUGUGUGUACAUAUAAUGUAUCCAGAAACCAUUUCUGUAUGUUGCCUAAAUGUAUCAAUUCACAUCCAGGUAUACAAUCCAGAUGAUUGAUAUAAUGGGUUGAAACUGAAUAUUGUGUACAUUAUGCCAUGUAAAGAAAUAAGAAAUAAACUGCCUGAUAAUUUUACAUUAUUCGAAGCUA